UGUGAUGUUGUGAUACACGGCUUUCGAAAUUCAAAUUUAGGUUUACAAGAAGUGUGAUGUAAAAAACAAUAUUUGUGACAUAAAUACAGUGAUUUUAUUGGUAGUGAAUGGUUGUCAAGUAUGGAGGGACCUAAAAUUUCUGGGCCCUACCGGGCAACGAAAUUGUGGAGUGAAAUGGUUCACAUAUUUUGUACUGGUGUUCCACUUAAAAAACAUAGGCGCCAUAUAAAAGUAUAUGAAAAUUGCUUCACUGCUUCAGAAGCUGUGUCUUGGUUUCAUAAAGUAUUACAGAGGAACCAAAAUUUUGAUCCAACCAUUACAAAAGAACAAACCAUUCAGUUACUUAACAAGUUCUUACAUGCUGGAGUCUUUCAAAAGAUGAAUGCAACCUAUCCGUCAGAGAGUUGUUUCAAGGAAAAUGGAGAUAUAUAUCAACUCUGCAAAAAUAUCCCUCCAUUUGUGGAAAAUUCUUCUCUGCCAGUCUCCUCGAAGUCUUACCAUGUUGCCUCAAGACUGAUUAACUAUAAAGAUGCAAUAACUGGCAAACCACAAAGUGAUUCUUGCCACUAUAUUGUGGAGAAACCAGGAGAGCAAUACAGUCUUAGUGGUAGACGGGAGAUUUUAUUGCAACAGACUUGCCACGCUCAAAGCAAUGGGUAUAUAACACGUAAUGGAUCUGCUUUUAAUACAAGGGAUGAAAAGAGGUUUUCACAGGUUCCACAUUCUAGAAUUGGGCUACACACUGUAUACAGUAAUAGAAACAAUACGAUAUCCAGCACCCAAAGGUUAGGUCAGUACGUCUGCCAAAAUGAAAGCAAAAACGUGUACUCUCUAGGUUCUUCAGCAACUGAACAAGUGUGCAGUGUAACAGGAAAAUCAACACACAAUCAAUAUUUAAAACAGACAGUUGAGCCCCAGAGGCAGAAUUCAUAUCGGCAGUCUAGAAAGCACACUUCUUCUGGUGACAGCAGUAUUCGGAAUCCAAAUGGCAUACACCACAUGCAAAUUGUGGCUGGAAAUGAUGUGUGUGGUUUAGAACCUGACCAUAACAAGAGAAAUUUGCAGAAUUUAUAUGCCACUGAUUGCUUGUUGGGCCCACAGAAUAUGCAGUCACACUACAACAGUGACUACUGUGAUCUUAAGGGUAAAAAUUUCAUUUACUCAGAUCCUUACAAUAAAGACGAACCUCCUAAUAAAUGUUAUAAAGGAAAUUUGGUACAUUCUAAUGAUAAUACUGCCCAAAAAGAUUCUUCAAAUGAUUGCAAUUUGAAGAUGUAUUCUCAGUCGGAUGGCUCAGUUGCCUUUGAUCACAAUGGACAGAAAUUGUGUCAAGAUGACAUGCCAGCUAUGAAGAACAUGGUUAGAAGGACUUUGGGGGAAUCACAGAAUACAAGAAGUUUUGAUUCUGUGGGUCAUCUGAGCAGGCAUUCCUGUCUUAGUUCUCAGGAUACCAAUAAAGUUAAAAGUCAGAAUGAGACGUAUUCUGAACGCUCACAUGCAUAUCGAGGUACCCACCAUCCGAAACUUAAUGGUAGUUCUAGGAGAACAACUCAAGGUCAGUCAUCCCAAAAACAUCAGUACUUCACAGAGAGUACAACUGCAGAACCCAGAAACUCUGCUUCUGAAGGAAUACAGUCACUACCAUCAAACCAGGAAUCCAGGUUUUAUUUUGGUGAGCUUGACAACAGAGUGCUGCCAACUACACGUAGAAGUUAUGCUGUAUUAACUACUGAUGAAAGCAGUGAAGCUGACCGUACCUCACAGGCCUCUAUUGCACCAGACAUUUACACAAAACAGAACGGCAGCACUCAGUAUAUGUGGAAGGAUCUGCUUUUUGAAAGGCUCCAGGAACUUCUUUCAGAAGUACCAGUUGCUGAGUUCUUUCCAAGCUGUGUACCAUAUGAAUGGAUAUUGCAAAAUGUCACACAAGAUGAACUUCCCAAUCCACAGUUGCCACAUCAUAUACUCUCAGCUAUUAAUAGCCUUCUUCAUUGGCCUUCGGGAUUCACAAGUGAUGCUUUGUCUGAUGUAAGGAACUAUUUCUGUAAUUGGACUGAGCCUCUGACGACAUUUGCAAUGUAUGAAAUUAUCACACAAGCAUAUUUGUUUGUGGAAUCAAUGAAUCAUUCUUUACAAUAUCAAUGUCAAGAUACUGGAGACAACUUAAAAGUUCAGCCAGUGCACAAAAUUUCGGCAACAGGAAGCCCUGCAAGAGAAUUACAAAAAAUGUCUAAUAAAAUUUCUGAUGCCAAGUUUCAGCAAAUUAUAAGCUCAAAGAAACUACUAAAUACCGUGCUACCACCAAACCUGUGUUUUGAAACUGCAUUUACAUCAGACAGCCCUGUUACGAGAAUUGUUCCUCAAAGGACAAUGGAUACAAUACAUUUUUCUCUUAAGGGAGUAAAGUCGUGCAAUAUUGAUUCAGCUGUUUCACAGAAGACUGAGAAUUUCCAAAGGUUAUACAACCCAUCGAACACAUUGACAGUUAGUUCACUGAGAGUUCCUGAAACAGUAACUGUUAACUUAAAAAGAAAUGCUAGUGCUCCUAAUUUGUUGGAAGUCACUCAGAACAUGUGUACGAAACCACUUGCAAAACAUUCGAAAAGCAUGAGAGAGACACACAAAGCAACUGCAGUUAGCACACAAAGAUUAAUUACAAGACCAAAACCUGGGAAAUGUGGCUGGUACAGAAAUAGAAAACUUUCCAAAGAACCGAACAUUAACCACCUUCGAAGCAAAUCUGGUGGCUACUUCAAUCCAGCUUUGUCACAAUCAGUAGAUGAUGUGGAGGGACAAGAUCUCGGAUCCAUUCAGUUGGAUUAUGAAGCUGCCCUUGAAACUCUGAGCAAGCUUAUGGAUUGCAGUCGUGAUCCAGGAUCUAACAACACUGCAAAUAAAAGCAGAGCAUCACUUGAUAGUACUGGAAGUGAAAGCAGUUCAUAUUAUACAGCAACAAGUUCUGCAGAUAGCUCCAGAGGAAGUAGCCAGAGUAUUCCUGAAACAGUAGAAGGGCACAGGUUUGACUCUGUUUUAUGGGUGCAUACAUCGGAAAGACUUCUGAUAGAAAUUCUACAGAUACUAUUAUUGUUUGUGCCUCCACACAAUCGUACAAGAUUGAAAUUGUUGUUGAGUUUUAUGAAGCAAUUGGCACUAUUAUCCAUUGCUGUGGAGGAGAACUGUCAGUCUACUAUAUGGGACUUGCCACAGGUUAUUUCAACUUUUUCUCCAUGUGUGAUAUCCAGUGACUGUGGAGAAAAUUUCAAUCGGCAAGUUGUGGAGAAAAUUGUGAACUUCAUGAUUACCCACCAAGAUGAUUUGUUAAAUUUGCCACCUACAGUCUGCACAUUAACUCAGAGACAUAAAGAGAGACAGCAGGUACUGCAGGAUACCAAUAAGGUAACUGAAGAGAAAGUUACAUUCUGUGAACAAGUUUCCUCACAACAAUUUGAACAACAGCGACUUACGAGUUCACAGAUUGCGCUUUCAGAACUUCUGGAACAAAUUUUGUCUGACCGCAAAAUGAAGAUUAAAGAAAGAAAGAAACGAUUGAAGAUGUUCAAGGAGUCAUAUCCUCAUAUCUAUAACAUGAGGUUUCCAGAAGACAAAAGCAGAGAUACUGUCAGUGCAGAAAAACAUCGAAGUAUUCUCCAUUUUCCGACAUUCGCUAGACUGAAAAGUAUAAGAGUGUGAAAUAAGUGAAAUGCCAGUCACUUAUUGCUCUUCAUCUGCAGUUCUUACUGCUUUGUGGUUGUUACUUUUACAAGCCUGACCUAAAGAAAAGACACAAUCUCUCUCUACCCUGCCCUCCUUUACCAUACCCUCUCUUUUGUGUAAAGCUGUCAGUCCUAAACCAAAGCACGCAUAAAGAAAUUAUUGUAAUGAACUUUUCUUUACUUGACUACUUUUGAAAUACAUGCCUUUCCAUCUGCUUUGUCACUGGCAUGUCAGCAUACAUGUUACAUGUUUAUGUCACUAUCACCAAUGCAUUACUUUUUGUUAAGCCUUUUAGUGAACACCAUAUAAAAUCUCAAAUUCUACAGUAAAUAAUAAUUAUGUAACAUAAUAGUAACUUUGAUACACUAUACACAGCACUACAGUACAUACAGACCAAACAUUGACUUUUUUUAUACAUGCCCUGUGUGCUGUUUUCCUCUGUUUUCUUUAACAGACUAGAUGUCACCUCACUUUGCAGCUACCAAUAAUGAUCAAUUAGGCAAAGUAACUGAGUGAAAUACCACUGCAGGUAAGACACUAGAUUUGUGUUAGGGAAGAUAACAGUUCAGAUCUCCAUCUGUGUAUCCAUAUUUUGGUUUUCUGCAAUUUCCUUAAAUUGCUUAAGGUGAAUACUAGGACAGUUCCCUUGAAAAGGCACAUACAGUUUCUUUCCCUGUCCUUGUCAGUCUGAUCUUGAGUUCCAUAUUUAGUGACCUCAUCAGUGAUUUCAUUUAAACCUCAAUAUUUCUUCUCUCAUUCCUUCCUUCUCUCCUUUCGGCAAAGUAUGUUUUAUGAACUACUUCUUGUUCAUCAGUUUUAGUCUGUCAGGACUGUUGUUUUAAUUUUAUUAAAAAAAAACUAUUAGAUAUGAAAUGAAGAGUUGUGGUAAUAACAGGAAAAAUAUGUUGGCAGUUGCAGAAUGGUCCCUGAAUAAACGGGGAUUUAAAUCACAUACUAGUAGGUGUGAAAUAAUUAAAGUAGUAUUUCCAUAAUUGUGCUGCCUGUUCAGAAAAAGCGCGCACGUGCGUAUGUGCAUGUGUGUAAGACUUCUUGUUUAAUUUUUGUUGACCGAUUGUGUAGCACUGUACCUAAUUUUGUGCUUGUCGGUUAGUCACAAAAAUAUUUGAUUGCAGUUGACUCUAUUUAAUAUUAUAGUGUUGUGAUAACUGAUAUGAAUAAUUUCAGUUACACAUUGUUGAAUAUUCUUUUAUUUUUAGAUAUGUCUUUGGAAACUCUAAUUUGCACAUGUAAUGAAAUAAAUAGUUCUAGUGUUUGUAGCAUGCAGCUAUAUAAUGUCAUAUAUGACACUUUGGAGACUUGGGCCAUUUUACAAAUUACUUACAAAGUGCUAUAUAUUUUUUCAACAUUUACAUACCAGGCAGUAUAUAUUUCGAUGCCCAAUGUUCAUCACAGUACAAUCUAAAUAUAAAAUACACUCAUUAAGACACAGAUAUUUGGACACAUUAGGAAAUGGGAAAGUGUGAGCUUCUUUUAUUUAAUUAAGUUAGUGGAAUGUCAGAUAUUUUUAAUGUUUUAAAAGUGCACAUAAAUGUAAAAUGUGCAUACUGCUGCUCUGGUGUUGAUCGUCUUCAGAUAAUGUUGUAUUCCACACCACAUAUGAAAUAAAAAUGCAGUCUGUCACCAAAGGACCAAAUUUAUUUUGAGUACAACAUUUAAAUAUAAGUAUAGCUGCAGAUAAUGUGCCAAAUAUUAAUUUAGUGUUUGUUCAUUUCAUGUGAAUAGCUUUACUUACUCCAUGCACUCAGUACUAUUUGACAUUUUAAAAUUAUAUGUAUUAGAUUGUUAAGUUUUUUAUUAGUUAUAACAUUAGUUUAAUCCCAAGUGGAUGACAGUACAUAAAGACAGUUACUUGUAUUUGAUUGUUGUCUCUUUGUGAAAUAUAUAUGCAUUUUUAGUCUUUUGUACUACACAUUUAUAAGUCUGCUUGUUGUUAUGCUAUUAGACAUUUUGCAUUGUAUCAUUUAUAUUUGUUCAAAUAUCAGUUGAAUAUUUCAUUCAUUUAUCAUAUGAAGAAUUUUAUGUACUUCAGAGAUAUUUACUUACUCAAUAAGCAAUAAAGGAGAACAGUAUCCUGAAGAUCAUUUUACAUUGCAGUAUAUAUUUUAAUGUAGAUUGUUUUGAUGUAGCCUUAGGUAAAUCCAUUCACUGGAGUAUUGAAAUAUAACUGUUUUAAUAAACAGGGAUAGUUCAUAACAGUGCAUUGAGAGAUGAAAUAUACUUAAUUGGAUGUGGAAUGAGGAAAUAAAUUUGGUGAUGUACAUUAACGAGGAAGUGUGAAUCAAGUAUUGUUGCAGUUUAAUACAGUGUCAAAAAACAGGGAAAGGAGUGACAGUGGAAAUGAAGCCACUCGGGUCUAAAUUGUGGAUGAAAUCGAAGCGUGUAAGAGAUAUACUAACCAGGAUAUAUAAGUUUCAGCCAUGACGGCUAAUGUGUCAUGAUGCAUGCCCUGUAAUGAAAGAUAAAUUGAGCUUACCGAAUAGGAACAGAAUUUCUUAAAACUCUUAAUAUCCCUGGUUUGUCUUCAGAAAUUUAAAUGGCUGUGUGUGGUGUCACCUAGUUCUGUUUUUCAAUGACAGUUAAUAGAUGUUCAUUGCUGUCUUGGUUUAUGAAGUGGGUAUUGUGUUGAACACAGACUUUUCUUGCAGUAACCAUGAGAUUGCCAUUGUCUUAUUUUGUUGUGUGAAAUGUUAAUGUGCACAGGUGAAAGUAAAUAAAUGUGUUCCAUUUGA